CAGUCCGAGCUAUCUGCAGUGUUUUUGCAUAUUACUUUAUUUUGAGAACUAUCACCAUCUGAGAAAGAGAGAGAGAGAUACAAUUGGAGAAUGUGGUAUGUAGUCUGAACCACAGCUGACAGGUGCUGCACUGGCACUAGAUGUGUAUCCUUUAUCGAACAGAAGCAAAAGCACUAAGCUCUCUGCCUGCCUUCGGAUUUAGUCCAAAUGAAUGCAAACCAUCACGUGGGACCCAGCCAAGCAAUGACGUGAAAUUCUGCUCUGUCAGAAGACAGCAUCUGUCAAAGCCCACAUUUAAACUGCUGCUUGCCUGUGCAGCAGCUGAAGAACUAUGGAUUGGAUUUUGCUGAACAAAACCUUAAGCUAAAAGCUUUCCCCCCCACCCCUCGCUUCAAGUCAUCCCUUUCGGUUACUGCCUAGCAACAAUGAAGGAAGAGGGGUAAAUCCCGUUAUCAAAUGCAAGCCAACAGUUCCAGCUUCUAGCUCAUGCUGUUCUGCCUGGCAUCACCACUAGAAAUAUGGAUACUGAAGAGAAAACAGAGCACUGCAUUGUCCAGCAAGGGAAACACCAACUGUAAAAGCGUCAAUGCUUCCAUUGUCAGAAGCAGACAAUACCAGUCGGAAUGGAGGCAAGAAAUGCUGCUUCUGUCUCUUGAAAGAUGACCGGAGAAAAACCAAGGCAAACACGCUGGUGAGGAGGGAAGGUAGCGGAGCAGGAAGCAUACAGAUGGACACACUGGAUACCGUGAAAAGCAGUCGCAGGCAGCAGGCUGCUGGAGGAGAGAUGUGCGCAUGGCCGAUAGCAUCUUUUGGGCUGAAGGGAUGGCGUGCCAAAACUACUUGCAGUGGGCAUAAUCCUCUCACCACAAAUGGCUUGACAAAGGAAGACAAGCAUCAGAAUGGCAAACUGGGUAAGAUGUUGGGAUAUGGAUUCGAAGGUGCAAUCAUGUGAUUUGGGAGUUGGUGAUUCGCUAACAAGCUUUCCACAACGGAAGAUGAACACCAAGAAAUAGCAGUGGAUCCGAAAACAAAGCAUUUCCUUCAAUCAUUCUCACAUCCCAUUUCUGGAUACUUACAACAUGCUUCAGUGGAGAAGGAGGCAUUGCUGCUUUGCCAAGAUGACCUGGAAUACCAAGCGGUCUCUGUUUCGCACCCAUUUCAUUGGCUUACUCUCCCUCGUGUUCCUUUUUGCUAUUUUCCUGUUUUUUAAUCACCAUGACUGGCUGCCUGGCCGAGGUGGAUUCAAAGAAAACCCUGUGGCUUACACUACACGGGGAUUUAGAUCGAUGAGAGGCGAAACAAACCACAGCUCUUUGAGGACCAUUUGGAAGGAUGCAGUUCCUCAGACCCUCAGGCCGCAGGCGAUGGCUAAUUCCAACAAUACGGAGCUGUCGCCUCAAGGAGUUACUGGUUUAGAGAACACACUGAGUGCCAAUGGGAGCAUUUACAACGUGCGAGGCACUGGACAUCCGACGUCAUAUCACUUUAAGUAUAUUAUCAACGAGCCUGGGAAAUGCCAGGAGAAAAGCCCCUUUCUAAUACUGCUCAUAGCUGCAGAACCAGGGCAGGUGGAAGCUCGACAAGCUAUAAGACAAACCUGGGGAAAUGAGAGCUUGGCGCCUGGGAUCCAAAUUGUUCGGAUUUUUUUGCUGGGUUUAAGUGUUAAGCUGAAUGGAUACCUUCAGAGAGCCAUCCUGGAGGAAAGCAGGCAAUACCACGAUAUUAUCCAACAAGAAUACUUAGAUACUUACUACAACUUAACCAUCAAAACACUGAUGGGGAUGAACUGGGUGGCAACCUACUGCCCCAAUGUCCCCUACGUUAUGAAAACAGACAGUGACAUGUUUGUCAAUACAGAGUAUUUAAUACAUAAGCUUCUGAAGCCAGAAUUUCCUCUCCGGCACAAAUACUUUACGGGCUAUCUAAUGAGGGGGUAUGCACCCAAUCGGAACAAGGAUAGCAAGUGGUAUAUGCCGCCUGAUCUAUAUCCGAGUGAACGGUACCCUGUAUUCUGCUCUGGGACUGGCUAUGUGUUUUCUGGAGAUUUAGCAGAAAAAAUAUUUAAGGUCUCACUGAGUAUCAGACGUUUGCACUUAGAGGAUGUAUAUGUGGGCAUCUGCCUUGCCAAGCUGCGAAUUGACCCCAUGCCCCCACCCAACGAGUUUGUCUUCAAUCACUGGCGGGUUUCUUAUUCCAGCUGUAAAUACAGUCACCUAAUUACCUCCCAUCAGUUCCAGCCUAGUGAACUGAUCAAAUACUGGAAUCAUUUACAACAGAAUAAGCACAAUGCCUGUGCCAACUCAGCAAAAGAAAAAGCGGGCAAGUAUCGGCAUCGUAAACUUCAUUAGAACGCACCCUCCUCCUAAAAAUAUUCCAUGUGCAAUUUGUAAAAAAAAAUAAAAAAAUAAAGAGAAAAGGGAAAAGGCUGAAAGCAUGUAUAGUGAAAAAAAAUGUGCUUGAGAAGGACAAUAUUUAACACCAAGCACUUAAUGAUGUUUGAAAAUUAUUUUUUUAAUUUAAAAGGGAAAAAAUCUAACUCUUGGAAAUAAUAUUAUGAUGGAAGUAUUAAUCAAGAAGUUUUCAAAAUCUGGGAGAUUAGAGAAAGAUGGUCUCAAGAUAUUUGUGUUAAUGUGCAAUAAUAAGCAUGCACAGUUUGGUGGUACAAUUGCUAUUUUAUGUGCCAAUAAAAUUAACUGCGCAAAUAUUA